GAAAAAAAAACUCAACUUUCUCCUUCAUCUCUUAUUUCUUCUUCCUCAACUCUAACAAAACAGAUCUAGAGGGAAGCUAUGGGCAAAAAUACCAUGGGCCCUAGCAACUCAUCGGAGGAUACAAAAGAAUCAAUGGAGCAUUUGAAGGGAAAACAAGAUAGUUUUGUGGUGACAACAAAGAAUGAUCAUGUUGAUCAUUCUGUGCUAGAAUCAUCAAGCAUGCUUAAUCUAGGAAAGCAAGAUGAACCUGACAAAGUGGAAAUUCUAGCCAAGGCUACCAAGGAUGUACCCGAGGAACUGGAAACUAUUGAAACAAAAUCCAUGAAUUCAGUCAAGAAUACAAGCAAGAAUGUUGGGAAGAGAACUCGACAAGAUAACGGUGGGAGUAAAAUAAAGAAAUCCUCUGAUCAUAAUCUGCAAGGUCAAGGAACGGAUAGGUCUGUGAAAGGAAGGACAAUGGAGACAACUCCAGGUCCUACUCAGUACCCAAGGGGAAGGGGACCAACUAGAGGAAAUCUUCCAUAUGGUUUUGUGUAAUUGUUAUUGGAGGAUGUGAUUUCCUAAGAAUUGGAGUUUCUGCUGAAGUUCUGGAAUGUUGCGCAAUAGUUGCUCGAGGAUGUUCUUUAUUAAGAAUUGGUGUCUUUGCUGAAGUUUCAAAAUUUGCUUCUCAUUUAAGAAUUGGUGUGCUAUCUGUCAACUUGUGUUAAUUCAAUAGCAUUGAAAAUGUUAGCAUUUCCUUUUAAGCUUCUAUUGUUAUGGUCACAUAGGCUUAUUUAUCAAAUCAACUUUUGCAAGAA